GCUGAUAAUCAAAUAAUCCCCCCGGUAUGUUGCUAUGACGCACGCCAGGCAGGUGCGAAAGGGAAUAAGUACAUUGUACACGGGCCCAGAUAUAUAUGGAGAUCUCUCAAUUUCAUUAUGGGACUAUAUUAUGUCUUUUUGCGGGAUGUAUUUUGACAGUUCCAGUUCUAUCAGCGCAGUUCUUCGCUCUGGACAACCCGUGUCUGGAGAAGUUCCGGUUAUGUUCCACUUCCUGUAGGGUGUCCUACAUGACCGGAAGUCUGAACUGUCAAUUCUGUGUCUGCGAUGAUCCGAAAUACUCAAUCGCCUGGCCUGAGCCUACCACCCCAACCCCCACAACAACCACCACCCCCGGGCCGACCACCACCUUACCCCCGGGGCAAUGGAUCGCUAAUAACAUCGUCUACACAAAGUUGGAACACCCGUGCGUGGAGUACUAUGCCUCGUGUCCGCUCAUUUGCCCCAAGGGGACACAGACCCUCCCCAACGGGACGAUGUGUGAAACGUGCGACUGUGGCGGAUCCAUCACGGAUCUCUUAGGAAAACGUGACUUUAAAGAAAAAUUCCUGGUGAAGCCGAACUUGACAACACACAGAAAGAAAAGACAUGGAUACGGCUCCAAACAAAGGACGGCCUGCUUUCAGUUUCACUUUGCGUGUCCUAUUUUCCGCUGUCCUGAUGGAAUGGCGUUCGCUCUUGCACCCAAUGGUUGCCGGGAAUGUAGAUGUAUACCUACUGAAACAACAACUUCAACGACAAUUGCACCAACAACAAAGACAGCCGUUCACUCCAGCUUCCUACAGCUCUACUGCCAGGUGGAGCCCUCGGACUGUCCGACCGGAUGUACCGUGGUUGACUUCCGGGUCAGUGAAUGGCACUGUUAUCACUGCCACUGUCCGGAUCAACAGUUUGUCGCACUACAGAACCCAUGUGACCAAGAAAAUUACCUGUGUCCCAACACCUGUCAGGUGCGCCACCUGGUGAACCACCAAAACAAGACUCUCUCCUGCGAGUUCUGUGACUGCCAGUUGAAGGGUCAUAUUUUCAAUCGACACCAUAAAGUGAGGCGACAGACAUCAGCCGACUGUCCCUUUAGUUGCCCGGCAUACUGUCCAUACAAUGUCUUUGGUCGCAAAAAGCGUCAAGCGGGUUGCAGCGGGAAAUGUUCCAAGUGCCCAUACAAUAAUCCAGUCCACACACCACCUGAUACUCAAUCUGUUCCCAUGUAUACAGAACAACCCGUUCCCGUAACGACAAAGGCCCCACACAUGACAGUUGUGACAGAGGAUCACUGUAUCCCUGAGUAUCGGGAAACAGACCUCCUUCAUCAGUUCUGUACGAAUAUACUCAGGGUCAAUAUAACCAACAUUGUGUGCCUUUACUGCCGCUACAGAACCAGCACUAACUCAAUUAUCAUAGUGCCAAAAUCAAAAUUACAAAGCCUACUAAAACAGCCAACAACAACAACAAAACCUUAUACCACUCAAAGCCCGGCUAUCAGUCCAACACAGGAGGCUUUGACAACACAUCCAACGAUGAUGCUCCCAACAACAACAAAAACAACAACAUCAACAACAACCACAACAACAACACCAAAACCAACGACCACCUCAACAGAAAGGACAACAACAGCGACAGCAACAACAACAACAUCAACGACAACUAAGGUUGCGGUGACCACGCCCCCUGUUCCCCAGUGUCACACGUGUGACAGUGUGAACUGUACUGAUGGAGACUUACAGGAGUGUAACACAGGGACCGAGUACUGUAUGAACACACUCAGACAGGGCAGGGACGGAAGUCGUACCAUAACUCGCCGAUGUGUCUCCGAAAACGAGUGCUUCAACAAAUGGUGGAUAGUAACAGCAGACGAUCCGAAGUGUCUAUCAAAACAGAACACGCCCACUGGCAAAGCAGGCGAACCAAUUGAAUGCAACUUCUGUUGUAAAGGGGCGGGGUGUAACCGUUUGAUGAGAAUUCCUGACAGUCAGUUAUACACCGGACAAGACCAUCCCUCCAGUGGAAUGGGCGGGAUUAUUCAAAUAGGAUGACGAAUAUGUAAAUGACUGAUAAACCCUGUUAUGUUUUAUUCUUUUUUACGGAGCAAAUUCUUUUUAACCCUUUCUCUCCUCCAUGUUUGUUGUUCAUUUCUUAUUUGUAUGCAUGUGCGAUGACGGAAUGAAAUUCUCCGGUUGGAUUGAAGCCCAUUGUUGCGUUAGGUGGCUUUCCUAUGGUUAUAUUUACUCGAAUGAUUCUAACGUGUGUACAUAAUUCAGAUUUAGAAAAAAGGGAUUCAGUUUUUGAUUUAAGUAAAAA